GCGAUCAAUUAGAGCUCAUGAUGACCUUUUAAUAAGUAAAUGAUUGAGGCACACAUUCACUCUGAACAGAAUGAGAAAUUGGAUUUGUAUGUGUCUAGGGUUGCCUGGGGAAGGUGGUAAAAUCCACCUCCAUGCGUGAUCUAUCACUCCAGCCAAAAGAUACCUUCAAAGGAAGCUGUAGCCAGGUGAGGGUCAGUCUCUUCUCCAAGGCAACUAGAGAAACAGGAGGACAGAGCCUCCAGGCUCAGGCUGGACAUCAGGAAGAAUUUAAUCCCAGGAAGAGCUGUCAAACAUUGGAAGGGGCUGCCCAGGGGGGUGGUGGAACAGCUGGAGGUGUUCAAGAAACAGCUGGACGUGACAUUCAGUGUUGUGGUUUAGUUGACAAGGUCAUCACCGUGUCAGCCGGUCAAAGGUUGCACUCGAUGACUUCUGAAGUCUUUUCCAGCCUGAACGAUCCUGCGGCACACACACCCACACACACGCUGCAACAGACAUGGAAUACGGGGGCGCAGAAUGGGUCAAACCCGCAGAGCUUUGCACGCCCCACGGGGAUCCCAGGAUCGGUCACACCGCUGGAUGCGGGAGCGCUGCUCCCGCGGGAGCCGCCGACGGGGCCCCCCCGGCAGCGGGAGGAGGAGGAGGAGGAGCGGGGGGUUUCCGCGGAGCCGCUGCCGAGCCCGGCACCGCGACAGGUGCGGCGGCGGCGGCCCCCGGCCGAGAGCAGCCGCCAAGCGCGGCCGGCGGCACACGGGGCGAGCAGGGGCGAUGCGGCACCUGCCGCGCAUAAAAGUGAUGGAGCGGCGGGGCGGCGGCGGGCGCGGGGCGGCGGCGGGCGGCGGGCGGCGGCAAACGCGCGGGAGCGGGACCGCACGCACAGCGUCAACACGGCCUUCGGCGCCCUCCGCCGGCUCAUCCCCACCCGCCCGGCCGACCGCCGCCUCUCCAAGGUGGAGACGCUGCGCUUGGCGUCCAGCUACAUCUCGCACCUGGCCAACGUGCUGCUGCUGCAGCAGCGCCGGCAGGACGAGGCGGUGGGCGCUGAGCAGCCCUGCCCGCAGCCCGCUCAGCCCUGCCCGCAGCCCUGCUCGCCGCCAGGUGCCUCCGCGCCUCGCUCCAUCUGCACCUUCUGCCUCAGCGACCAGCGGCAGCGGGUAAGGGCCGCCUUCCGAGCGCCUCUGUUGGGGAGGUCAUUGGUAUCCCCCGCAGGUUUGGGAUUGACCCGGCCAAGGGUUCAGUGCUGUCCUUGGUGCCUCCUAACCCGUGUUUUUAUCCAUUGAACAGCAUCGAGAAAGAGAGAAACCAUCACCCGCUGCAGGCGUAACCGGACUCUGAACAGGCUGAGGUCUCGCACCACUCCUGCUCUGACUGUACCACUGCUCUGGGUAACAUCGCCUCACUCGUGCUGCAUGUUUACAUUUAGAUAGCACAGUCCUAAAAGAGUUACUUUUUAAGGUUAUGCACUUUGUUUCAUAUUGUGAGAGUUUUUUUCAGGGCGUUUUGCAAAUUAAAUUCACUGCCUCUGUUGAGACGGUUGCACCUGGCGCUGCAGCUAUUUUAGCGCGAGAAAUGUUAAACCUCAGCGGCCAAGCCCUGAUCCUGAUGCCUCCUAAACCUGUGUCGCAUGAUGAAACUUGAACUUCCAAACACACAGUGUCCCCUGUCAGGGGAAGCUGUCAUGAACACGCCGUGCCCUACGCCUCCAGCCCAGCCCGGGCUGCACGCAGCGCUGCCGCCCACCCCUCCAGCUGCACGCCAGGCCUUGGGGACAGGGGCUGAUGCCGACAGCUGACAUGCUUGAGAGGUCUCAACGAUGCUGGGAGAUUAUUUUGAGGUGUUCACAGAAAGUCGGAAAACUUCCAGUGAAAGCAGCACCGUUGGCUGUGCACAGGCACAGAGGCACGGGACACGGGCAGCACAGCAGAGGAAAGGGGAGAAGUGCAGUGUAAGCGAUGCUCUUUUCUUAUUAACAGUGUGAGUCCUGCCAGUCUUUAAAUAGCACGGGAUAUUCCUAAAUCUGUCUGGCAAGGAGGGUUUCCCAAGGGCUUUUACCCAUCACCCAGCUCGUUCCAUAAUUGUGCCCUGUACAUCACUGAGGUUGUUUAUCUCCCCUCAGUUUACUAACUUGUAUUUAUUUUCUUUCAGAAGUAACUCUAAAAGGCAAAUAAGCAUAUUCUGUUUUCAGAUUUGGACAUUAGUGAAGCAGCAUUUAAAAUCUUUAAGCCCAGUAAUGCUGGAUUCUAAGAAACACAGAGGUUAAUUUUUCAAUGUUUUUAAUAGCUAUUUAUAAUAUAAUUAAUUGGGCUUUUAUUAAUAUUAAUUUUUUACUUUGAGAGGCACUCUGUACUCUUUGAGAGCUUGGUAACUGUGCCACUCCAAGAAGUGCUGCAAGGAGAACUUGUCUCCUUUUUCCCUCCCUGAUGCCAUCUGUGCUCCUGGCCAGCCUUGCUGCUCUGGCCAAACGUGAGGGCUGAAGAAGCAGCACAGUGUUGCUCACUUUCUUUUCUGUACAGAGUUUUCUCUUCUUGCCCUACAUAAGUGCAAAGCAAAUCCUGGCAGACGUUAUGAAGAACUUGGCAAGAGCAAAGUCAUGGUGGACUCCUAUACAACUUCACCUUUUUAGCUUCCCUUCUCCCCUGCCCAACACACAGUGGCCACUUUUUCUGUAGCACAAUGAGGAAAAAUCUGCUGUACCUACAAAAAUGCAAUAAGCUCUUCCUUUGAAUUCCAACAAAGAAAAAUACCAAGCAAAGCCCUAGAGAUUCCACAUCACAUCAGUCUCUUCAGUUAUUAAAAGCCACAGGCUGUGUUUUCCUGGAUUGAGAGGAGAUUUUUGCUUUUAGAAGGUUUCUAUCAUUAAUCUUUUUUUAAUGAGGAACUUUCAAUUGCUGCCAGAUCAUGGUCUUUGUUUGUUUUGGCAAUGAUUUGCGAAGCUGGAACUCUUUACAGUUUUGCAUAAAGUGUUUUGUUUUGUUUUUUUAAUUUUUGUCUUGUGUUGGCCUCUGUGUGUGGGUAUAGAGUUCUACAAACAUAUCUUCCUGGACUUUUUUAAUCAACUUGAAAAAAAUUGUCCUUUAAAAAGUUAUUUACUCUACAAUUAAAGCUGAUCUUAUAGUUAGGCCCUACAUUCUUAUGAACCCAUUAAACCAAAGUAUCUGACCUCUUUAUAGACAAUUAACACUAAUUUAUUCAUUUAGCUGUAUCAUUUCAUAUUAUACCCUAAAAUGACAAAACAUAAUUCAGUUUCUAACAGUUUUAGGAAAAUUUUUCAUUGAGUAUGCUCUGAAUUUUGGAACUUGUAAGAAAGACAAUAAAAUUAUUUAUUUCAGGUUUUCAAAAUGCUGUGAUUUUAUUGCAGUUUUAAGAGUUUUUAGUGUAGCUCUUGGCAAAUGGAGUAUAUGUGGAUUUAAUGAGAUAUCCUUAUACUCAGUUGUUAAAGGAAAUGAGUACAAAAUGUGAAGUCCACUUCUGUACCAAAGAGCGGAAAUCUCAUGACUUGAAACUCUCAUGAAUAAUUUCUACAAUCCUACAGGAAUUUGGUGUUCUCCCUUUAAAAGGGCUUUUAUCUCCCCAGUUUUGUGAAGGGUUUAUACAAAAUGCUUUCCAAUGACAAAAGCAGAAGCAGCCCCUAACAACUUGGCCUUCUCUCCUGUUUAACGUGGCUCAGUGUAACAUUAAAUUCUUCUCUCUUUACUCAGGAUAAACUGUUGAGUUCAACUUGGCUUGAAGAUUUUCUCAGGGUUUCAAUUACUAAAUAAUACUGGAGUUUCAGCAACACUGAUUGAUCGUGGCAGAAAUUAGACCCCAGACCACUGUGGCCCAAAUAUUUAUGGUAUAGACAGAUAAUGUCUAUCCAAAGCAAUUAUAACCGUGAUUUCUCUGAGGAACUUUUAUGUAUUUGUAAGUGUGUGUAUUUAAAUGAGGAAAAUUGGAGACAAAUCCUUCACUUUGCCGAAAUUUAUUUGUAAUGUAAAACUUCUCUAACCCCAGGAGAAAAAGAAAAAAAAAAAAACCUUCAAGAUCGAGCUGUUACUCUGUAAUGGGUUUUCUAUAAAUCAAGGGAAAAAGAAUUUAAUUUCUGGAGACACAGAUACAUUGAGGACUCACAUUGAACAUAUAAAGAGCUCAUCAUCAUUCAAUAUUUUACCGACUUUUUACUGUAUGAGAUUGUGUGUCUUAUCAGUCCUACUUUUUUAAUCAUGGAGCAGCUUUAUUCAUGGCAUGCACAAAUAUACAAGUCAAAAUCUUGAGGGUGUCUGAGAGCAAGUACCUUACUUGAUGGUGAGGCAUUGGAAUAAUGUGAGUUUUUCCAGAGGUGUCAAACCACCUCUAGUUCUGCAGAUAUUGGGGGUUUGACUUAUUUGUGAGUGCAUUCUGUUCUGUGUGUAUGAACAGAGUCAUGCCUGAUGCCAAUCCCAGCUUUGUUUUCCUGUAAACACUUGGCUAUUCAAUUUACAUGAUGCAUGAAUAAAGCAGAAACAGUGAGAUACACACCAUUUGGUCUCAGAUCCUAUUAAAUUAUUGUUAAAAUAAUCCAAGCAUGGUACUUUGUAUAAAUCAUUUUACUUAGCCUGCUACAUCACUGUAUAAAAACAGCACCAAGCAAAGUGAAUAAAUCAUGUUGUUUGAUUUUACUGGUUAAGUUUAAAGAAGCAUUUGAACAUAGUUUUUGGUUAUUUAUGAAUUAAUCAUAAUGUAAGUCAAAGUAGUUUCAUAUGUUAGCUUCUAUUUUCACUUCUGUUCUACAAAACAGAAGUUCCCUUUCAUGGAAAAUCUGCUUCUUUACGAAAAUCUGUAUUUGUUUGCAAAAUGUGAUUAUAUUUGCUAAAAUAAACAGUAUUUUUGCUACUAAUUUAAACAACAAA